AGCUUUCGGAUAACAACUUCCGCUCGGGAAGUUUGUAACGAAGUCUGGGCUACCGGCGCCGCGUAGUGGAUGCAGCAUCCUAGUUGAGGACGCCCCUCUGGUUUGUCAGGACCCGGUUGCGUAUCGUCUUGCAGCUGGUUUCUCCCUGGCUGACCCCGUCCACGAUCGUGACCUCAGUUAUCCCUCAUAGACACUUUCCACACCUGUGUCUCCAGCCCGAUCGCUCCGAUGAAACCGAAGCGCUUAGACUUGGUUCAUAACACCCAAAGCUCCCCGGCCCCAGGCUGAGCUCCUGUAACCUCCACACCCCACCCUCUAGUCCUCCCAGGCAUUCCACCGCGAAGGGGAGGAGGCAGAAACCCGAGAUUCGCUGCUGCUUUCCUGCCCACGCCCAGCCACACAGUCACUGGUGCGUUAGCUCCAGAACUGAACCAUUUGCCUCCUUGCCAUUCCCACCCUUUGCUGAACCUGUUUGCAUGAGUUGCUCCUGACGGCUCUUUAGGAUACUUCCGUGUCUGUAGGGUCUGGAGUGACAUCUCCUCCCCUCCCCUGACGAGAUCUGCCCUCCUUGGCACUGUGCUUCCCCAGAGGGGUGGCCUCGCUGUUCCCAUGGACGUGGCCCAGGAGCCGGUGACCUUCAGGGACGUGGCCAUCUACUUCUCAAGGGAGGAGUGGGCGUGUCUGGAACCCAGCCAGAGGGCCCUCUACCGGGACGUGAUGCUGGACAACUUCAGCAGUGUGGCUGCUCUGGGAUUUUGCAGCCCCAGACCAGACCUCGUCUCUCGCCUGGAACAGUGGGAAGAGCCGUGGGUUGAAGACCGGGAGAGACCUGAGCUCCAGGCAGUGCAGAGAGGGCCCCAGCCAGGGGCAAGGAAGUCUGCAGACCCCAAGAGACACUGUGAUCAUCCAGCUUGGGCUCACAAGAAAACCCACGUGCGGCGAGAAAGAGCCAGGGAAAGAAGCAGCUUUAGGAAGGGCUUCAGGCUGGACACGGAUGACGGGCAGCUUCCCAGAGCUGCUCCAGAAAGGACAGACGCCAAGCCCACGGCUUUCCCGUGUCAGAUGCUCACGCAGUGUUGUGGGCUGCGGCCGGGCCGCAGAGAGCGCCGGAAGCAGCGCGCGGUAGAGCUGUCGUUCAUCUGCGGCACGUGCGGGAAGGCGCUCAGCUGCCACAGCCGGCUACUCGCUCACCAGACGGUGCACACGGGAACCAAGGCCUUCGAGUGCCCCGAGUGUGGCCAGACCUUCCGGUGGGCUUCAAACCUGCAGCGUCACCAGAAGAACCACACGCGCGAGAAGCCCUUCUGCUGCGAGGCGUGCGGGCAGGCGUUCAGCCUAAAGGACCGCCUGGCUCAGCACCGCAAGGUCCACACCGAGCACAGGCCCUACUCGUGUGGCGACUGUGGGAAAGCCUUCAAGCAGAAGUCCAACCUUCUCAGACACCAGCUGGUGCACACCGGGGAGCGGCCGUUCUACUGCGCGGACUGCGGCAAAGCCUUCCGGACCAAGGAGAACCUCAGCCACCACCAGAGGGUCCACAGCGGGGAGAAGCCCUACACCUGCGCCGAGUGCGGCAAGUCCUUCCGGUGGCCCAAGGGCUUCAGCAUCCACCGGAGGCUGCACUUGACAAAGAGGUUCUACAAGUGCGGCCACUGCGGGAAAGGCUUCCGCCACCUGGGGUUCUUCACGCGGCAUCAGAGAACUCACAGGCACGGGGAGGUGUAGGGGCGCCCGAAGCGUGGAGUGCUGCGCCUCUGCGGGAGUACUGGGCCCUGAGGGAGGGCUGCAGUGAGAAGUUGCUCUUCAGCCUGGAAAAUCAACCUGAAAAGAAGCCUUCUCAGUCCUCAGAGCUCCCCAGUCCCCCGAGUUUUACUGGGAAAACUGCCAGGCGGGAGAAGCGGAUCCAUGGGUACGCCGGAGAUGGCGGGGGCUGCGCCCCAGCACCGGGCAUCCUGGGGAUGUGCUGAGAGCGUGUGCGACCCCGGAGCCACAUGCCAGGCCGGGCUCAGAGGCGGAGAAGCCUGCCCGGUGCCCACAGCUGUCUGGCUCAGGGACUCCACCCUGGCCCCGAGUGGCCGUCUGCUGGGCCUUUCCUUCCCGGCUCUGCACCGCAUGCUGGCUGCCCGGUCUGGCUUCCCUUCUUGUCUCUGUCUUGGGGGAGGCAGCUGUGAGCAUUGCACAGAGGCAAAGACCCUCCUGCAGCCUCUGCGCUGGGCCAUAGAAACAAGAGCCUUUGUAAUACUGAACCUCAUUCAAGGAUUAGGGAGUGGUGAUUAGGUCAGGGCCACCCCCAGUGUUGCAGGAACGGCCUCCACCCAGCUCUGUUGGUCAGAGCCUGGGUCACGCACCUGGAAUUGGGAGAUCAAGUUGGGUCUCAGGGCAGUGAGGUGGCCAUACCCACCACAGGGCAUUUCGUGGGGAAGAGGUGACCUCUUCGUUUUAAACUUAAGGUGUCUGCUUAUCCAGCCAGAAAUAAAAAUCUGCCAGUGGUGUUCCCAAGGGAAGACCCCCGUGGGAAUGGAUCGGGACACUGCUGUGUUUCAGGUUAGCCGAUUA